ACUAUAAUCAAAACCGGUACAAUCAACUACAUAUAAACGAUAGGAAAAUCUGAAAAUUAUAAAAGUAAGGAAAAGUUAUAUAUUUAUUUUUUUUUACUAAUAUAAGAAAUAUUUCUUUAUGAUUUUGAAACAUAAACUUGCUGUUGAACGCACUUUUUGAACACGAAGUGUGAGAGAACGUUAAUAGCAAGUGAAAUCUGAAACUAUUUGCUUACAUUACACUAUAGCCAGUAUGCUGAAGUCAGCUAUAUGAAAAAUACUUUCUCGAAAGUACAAGAAUAAAUUAAUUUUCAAUUUCCUAAGUAGCCUGUAAGGUUGGAUUGUUGGUUGAUCCAGAACAAAAAGGAUCCAAAAUUUUAUCGUCAUGAACGUCGCAACACCCGAUGAUGUGCAAAAGUUAGUAGAAGCUCUCCAUGAUGCUUCGAAACAUAUGACAACAAACGUCAAAUACGAAGAUGUUGCUGUUUGCUUAGGAAGCACUCGAUCUGGCAAAAGCACCUUAAUAAAUACCCUCACCGGUAACCGUCUGAAAGCUGAAAGAAAUGGAAGAGACAACACCAUUGAGAUAUCCUUAGCUGAUGGUCAAGCUUCAGGACCUCAAAUGGGAAUCACUUCUACAGUUCCCUCAAGGUGGACGUCAAAUACUCUUCCUUCCAUGAGUAUCUGGGAUGCUCCUGGCUUCGAUGAUUCAAAAGGUGCUUUGCGGGAUGUAGUUAAUGCUUUCUACAUUUUCCACUUAAUCCGAAGAGUUAAGUCGUUAAAAAUUAUUUUAGUUGUAGAUAUUAAUGACAUUCUAAAUGACUCCGUCAAACCGUUUGUGUCUGUUCUAAAUGCACUUGAAAAUCUGUUGGGAGAUCAAAUGAAAUCCAUGUUUUCUAGUAUUUCCGUUGUUUUUUCAAAGGUACCCGAUUUUAUAAAUGAUAUUCCAGUUAAUAUCGAAUUUAUUACCAAGGUAUUAAGAGAACAGUUUUUAUCAAACAAAGACAUUCAUUUAACAACUUUGGCGAAAGGUUUUUUACUCUAUUUAACAAGAAAUGUCGAACGUAUCGCUCUUUUUAAAAGAGUGGAACCGAGCAAAGAAAUCUUUGUAGCAACUGAUAAUAUUCGUCAUGCUAUUAAUAACUCCACAAGCUUAAAUAACGACAUCCUAAAAAAAUUGAAAAUUUGUAUUCCGAAUUCUUCCAAGAUUUUUUUAUUCAAUUCGCGUUCAGUAUUAACUUCAAAAGCAGAAUUUAUUGCAUUAGGAAACAUGUUGCGUUCCAUAUAUGAGUCAAAAAAUGAUGCUCUAAAGGAUAUAAUAAAUAAGAUGUCGAACGAAUGUGAAAUACAAACUUAUCUGAACGAUUUAAAGUUAAAAGAAGAGCAAAUUUUUAAGAUAAUUUCAGAGAAUAGUUUAACAGUGAAAAUGGAACUUCUAAAAUUCGUUGAUGUUUCAAUUCGAAACAUAAUUGUAAUAGAUAGAUUGAUGGAAAGAGCUUCAUUAAUUGAAUUUAGUGACAAAAUUUUAGAAAUGAAUGAACGGGAUGAACUCGCUUUAAAUCUGCAAUCAAUUCUGUGUAAUGUAUCUUCGAAUGUAAAAAAAGAUAUUUUAUUUUAUGAUUUUAUAUUAGGGACUAUAGUAGAUAAAGAGUAUGAUGACUUGCUAAAUGAAGAACACGAAGAGUAUAUAAAAAUAGAUUUUAUGAAUGCGAAAAGGAAUUACAAAAAGUAAUAAGCAAAAAUAAUGAAAGAAAAGUUUUCUUUGAGAAUUCAGAUAUACAAAAAUUAGGUGUGUUUUCUGAAUUAGAUCAAGAUGAACUACUAAAGAAACAAAAUGAAAAUUGGAAAAACGAAAUCGAAAAAUUUGAAAGAAGGGUUGAUAAAUCAAAUGAAGAAUUGCAACAUGUAGUAGUAGAACCUAAUUAUAAUGAUGAAGCAUCUUUGGCCCAAUCUGGUCCGGUGGAACCGCAUUCAUCGUGUUGUUCGAAGUGGUGGAAAAUAAGGAUUGGUAUAGUCAUAAUUAUAAAAGUACUAGCACUAAUUAUUUAUCUUAACAGGAAAGAAGAAGUUCUGCAGUAUAAUAUUCCCAAUGUUAUUAACACCCGCGAUGAAGCUUUUCCCUCGUCACUACCAACGUUCAAACCCAACUAUUGGCUUGAGGCAAUCGAAAGAACUCGAAAUCAUGAUAGCAGUUUAUAUGGGUGACUUCAUUGAAAAGGAAAUAUUGCUGUCCCCCGCUCCAUAAAUUGACUUGUGGGCUUAUUUUUGUUAAUUUGAAACUUUUUCCCGGUAGUUAGUGGUGCAAUUAAUUGACCCUCCAAGUUUGAUACCAAUUAUUGGCAAAACAGAAAACGAGAUAACCCAUCAGAAACAGACAAAAAUAGACAGAAAUGGCAUUACUGUCCCGCAUUUUUAGUCUUUCUAGAGUUCGACUUCCCACAUAGCACAAUAAUUUUCUGCAAAUUUGCGGCAAGUUUUCAAAGUCAAAUUCGAAAACAUGCCUGGCAAAUUUGCAGCAAACUUGCGGUAAAUACAAAAAUGUUCGUUUGGUGGAAAGUUGGCAGAGCAAAUUUGCAGAAAAUUUGCAUAGCAAAGUAAAUGUUAAAUGCAUGCGCAGUAGUUUUCUAUGACAUCUAGAGCUGCGCACUACAUUUAUGUCACCUUCCCUGUAAGGGAAAGCAAAGUUUAUCAAAUUACAUACAUUUUGAAUACAAAAAGAUUUUUUUUUGGGAAUUUUUAGGUUUUUUGAAAGUUUGCUGCAAAUUUUCCUAAAGUUUGCUACAAAAUUAUCUGCAAGUUUGACACGCAAGUUUUCUGCAAAUUUGCUCUGCAAACUUGCCACCAAACGGACAUUUUGGUAUUUGCCGCAAAUUUGCCAGGCAAGUUUUCAAAUUUGGCUUUAAAAACUUGCCGCAAAUUUGCAGAAAAUUAUUGUGCUAUGUGGGUUUGUGUGUGUAUGUGCAUAUCUAUCAACAAUUAUACGACAAUAAGUGUGAUUUUACAGAAAAUCGAAAAAAAAUAUUCUCAUUGAUUUAAUUGUUUUAACGACCUCCUCAAAUAUCCUAACUUUUUCGAUUAAAUAUUUUUUGUAUAUUUUUUACAUUUUAACUGUCUACUGUCAGAAACUCAAAUAUAAUGGAACAUAUUAAAAUUUAACCAUCAUACAUGAAUUUUAGCAUCCGGUAGCGAUAUAGUCACGGACUGGAGUUACACCACACAGUGGCGAAAAAUGUACUUUUUCGUUUCAAAUCACUCUACAGGUCUCAAUUUUUACCAAAACAAUUUUUCUUUUCUUCUAAAUCUACGUAAUUAGAUUCUCUAUCGAUUUAGAGAGAAUUCUCAGCUACGUGAUCUAUAUGUUUUGGUGAAAUCGAAAUUAGAUUGUAAAAUUACUCCAAGAUCAUGAACCUCCCCAACUCUAUUUAGAAUAGUGUUGUUAAUAUUAUAAUUGAUUAAUUGCGGUGAUAAAGAUUUUGAAAAAGUGAUUACCGAACACUUCUUAACAUUUAACAAGAGUUAAAUUGAUAUAAUCUGUCAAUGUCUUUUUGAAACUCUUCGGCAUCAUCUAUGGAGGUGAUAACUUUAUAUAAUUUCAUAUCAUCCGCAAAUAAUAGAAAUAAAGAAUGUUUAAAUAUAGAAGAGCCAUCGUUUGUAAAUAAAAUAAAUAAAAGUGGUCCGAGGUUCGAAAUUGUCUGUUCUUAUCAUCGCAGAAUAUAAUGAAUAACUAUUUUGUAAUAUUCAAGCUUAUAAAUUUUCAAUACACAGCUUAAUUUUUCAAGGUAAAAAUUGGCAGAAUUUUAACGGUUUUCAGAAACAAAAUAAUUUUUUUUUACAAAAAUUCUGUCAUGUUAAGCUCGGCGAAUAUUAUUUCCGUAAUUUUGAAAAUAUAAAUGACUCGAAAUUAAUAUUGGUAACCAUUAAUUUGAAAAUUGUCAUUUUCCAACAUGCUUCGGAGGGAGAAUUCUCUUUUAUUUGAAGUCACCCAUAUGUACAUUCCAAAUUGAAAAUACAAAAAUUUUUUUUUGGGCUUCAAGAAGAGGCUACUGAGUACACCUUAUGAGUUUUAUUGCAAUUGUAAUGGUAGAACAUAUAAAUAAUUCAAAUUGUUUAUAAAAUUGUUAAUAAAAAUAUGGAAUUUUUUAAAAUUCACAAUCAUGUAAAUAUUUUCUGUUAAAAGAGUGAAAAAUUUUAUGUAAUCAGAG